AUGUGCAAUUAACGAUUUACUACCCUUUUGUCGAGGGGGUAAGUUUUUGUCUCCGCCAUCUUCUGACUUCCUCCCCUUUCGAUAACCCGGAUUUUCUUCAUCACUUUGGGACAGGGUGUGAGUGUUCUGGUAGGAGGAUUCCGUUCUCGGAAUAUUCUCGAGCCAUUUCAAAAUGCCAGGAGCAUCAAAAAAGGAAGAAGAAACGGAAGAUUAUGGAUAUGAUUUAGACACGACCGGUGAGAGUGGGGCCAUCAACGAGGGAGGCGAACAGGCCGAGUUCGCAGAUGGAGAUACCCCGCCAAAGAAGAAAAAAAGUAAGAAGAAUAAGAAGGAGAAGAGGAAGGAUGGAAAAUCCAGUAAAAAGCGAAAGCGAGAUAGCGAGGGGAGUGACCAUCAUGGAAGCGAUGAAUCGGAAGGAGAGACCAAGGGAAAGAGCAAAAAGAAGAAAGAAUACAAGCCUAUGGAAUUCCAAUUGAACCUCAUCCCUCCUCCAAAGCCGCAGACCGAGACCUCCAUGGACUUGAUGCGGAAGUACGGCAUUGAGGAGUUUGAGAUGGAGUACACAGAAUCAGACUAUGACGAGCUCAUCAACUACAAACUCUACACGGAUAACAUCCGUCCCCUGGUUUUGGAAAACGCCCCGAAACUUCAUUCCCAGAAGCUAGUCAACCUGUUGGCGGCUCUGUGGAAAGAGUUUGCCGCCAACAACCCCAAGAAGAAGAAGCCGGUGUCGACGCCCGUCAUGGACUUCAAACCCUCCGCGGAUGAAGCCAAGGAAGCAGAGGCAGAGGAGGAGGUGGACGACGGGGACGACGAGGAGGCUAAGAGGGAGAGCUUGGAAGUAGAUGUCAAAGUCCAGGAAGAGGAGAGGGAGGAGGAAGUGAAAGAAAAGAAGGGAGGAAAAGGUAAAGGUAGGGGAAAGGACAAAGGCAAGAAGAAGAAAACCGUUGCACCUCUGAAGAUCAAGGUCGGAGGUCUGCAUAAAAAGAGGAAAUCCCCAUCUGAGGACAGUGACAGCCUGAGCGAGAGCGAGCACUCUGCGGAAGAAGAUGAAGAAGCCAGCUCAAAGAGCACAAGUGUCAAGUCUGACAGCGCCAGUCGACCGGCACCUCGUAGCAGAGCUCCCAAGGCGUCCAAGCCAAAGGCACCAGCCAAGAAGAAGAAAAAGAAGAAGACGGGUGAUGAUGAUGAAGAUGGUUACGAGACAGACCAUCAGGAUUACUGUGAGGUAUGCCAGCAAGGAGGGGAGAUCAUCCUCUGUGAUACCUGCCCUAAGGCCUUCCAUCUGGUGUGCUUAGAUCCGGAGCUGGAGACUGCACCCGAGGGCAAAUGGAGCUGCCCCAACUGUGAAGGAGAGGGCAUCCCAGAGCCUGAACCUGCGGAUGAGCACAUGGAGUUCUGUCGUGUAUGUCAUGACGGUGGAGAGCUGUUGUGCUGUGAGCAGUGCCCAUCCUCAUACCAUAUCUUCUGCCUCAAUCCGCCCCUACGCAAGAUUCCCGAUGAUGAUUGGGUCUGCCCCAGAUGUGCUUGUGAGCCUCCAGCAGGGCGUGUCCAGAAGAUCCUGACCUGGAGAUGGAACACACCCGAGAUGCCUCCAGAGGAACCGGUGGAGGAGCCGGAGGAAGGAGCAGAGCCCAAGGAGGAGGAUCCCAUCCUCAAGAAACUCCGGGAGCAGAAACCCAAACCCAUCAGAGAAUUCUUCUGCAAGUUCCAUGGCAUGUCCUUCUGGCAUUCUGAAUGGGUGUCUGAACUACAGAUGGAGGUAUUCCACAGUAUCCUGCACAGGAACUUCAUCCGCAAGAAUGACAUGGAGGACCCACCCACGUUUGAUGAUGAGGAGAGCAUCGCUAGGGCCAAGAGGAAAGAAGCUAAGAUCCACCAAGAUCACGAGACGGACAAAGAGCAUAAACACAAGGCUGAAGAGGAGAAGGAACAUGAGAAGAAAGAAGCAGAAGCAAAGGAUGGAGAAGCCAAAGAAGGAGAGGAUGGAGAGAAAGAGGAGAAGGAGGAGGAGAAGGAGGAUAAGUCUGAGACAGACUCCGACAAGAAGGGAGAAGACACGGAGGAGGAAGAAGAGGAAGAUGAAGUGGACGCUGAGAUUCUUGCCACCAUUGAGAAGUUUGUGCAGUAUGGUGUGCAGCCAGAGUGGAUGCAGAUACACAGGAUUAUCAACAGCAAGACUGAUCGCUAUGGCAACAUCAGCUUCUUCAUCAAGUGGAAGAUCUUGCCCUACGAUCACUCCACUUGGGAGGAGGAGGAGUUUGUGAGGAAGAUCCCUGAGGGAAACAAACAAAUCCAGUACUUCUGGGACCUCAAAGCCCUGAUGUUUGGCGAGCCAUUGAAGAAGAAAAAGAGUAAAGGCAAGAGCAAGAAAGGCAAGAGCCAUGAGAGAGAACAAAGAGCCAUACAGAAGCUGGAGCCAACGACGGAUUUGAGGAAGAAGUUUGAGGUGCAACCCCAGUACAUCGAUGCCUGCGGAGGCAAGCUCCAUGACUACCAGCUUGAGGGUCUGAACUGGCUGAGAUACUCCUGGCAUAAUGAUAUCUGUACCAUCCUGGCCGAUGAGAUGGGAUUGGGCAAAACUAUCCAGACCAUCGCGUUCCUCUACUCUCUCUACAAGGAGGGUCAUUCGAAAGGACCUUUCCUGAUCAGUGCUCCUCUUUCUACCAUUAUCAACUGGGAGAGAGAGUUUGAGUUCUGGGCUCCAGACUUCUACGUCGUCACAUACACCGGAGACAAGGACAGCAGAGCUAUUAUCAGAGAGAAUGAGUUCUCUUUUGAAGACGAUGCAGUGAAGGGAGGCAAGAAGGCAUACAAGAUGCGACAGGGUUCCCUGGUCAAGUUCCAUGUUCUCUUGACAUCCUACGAGCUGAUCAGCAUUGAUGCUGGUACACUCCAGUCGGUCAACUGGGAUGUCCUGGUGGUCGAUGAGGCCCACAGGCUCAAAAACAACCAAUCAAGGUUCUUCAGGAUUCUGAGUGGCUACAACAUCCGCUUUAGGUUGCUCCUGACUGGAACCCCUCUGCAGAACAACUUGGAGGAACUCUUCCAUCUCUUGAACUUCAUGAGUCCUGAUGAAUUCAACAACCUGCAGCAUUUCUUGGCGGAGUUUGCAGACAUCUCCAAGGAAGAUCAGAUCAAGAAGCUCCAUGACAUGUUGGGUCCUCACAUGCUGCGUCGUCUCAAGGCUGAUGUGCUCAAGGGUAUGCCUUCCAAGAGCGAGUUCAUCGUCCGUGUGGAGCUCAGCCCCCUACAGAAGAAGUACUACAAGUACAUCCUGACCCGCAACUUUCAGGCUCUGAAUACCAAGGCCGCUGGCGGUGGCAGCGUGUCACUCCUCAACAUCAUGAUGGACCUCAAGAAAUGCUGCAACCAUCCCUAUCUCUUCCCUACCGCAGCUGCUGAUGCUCAAAGACUACAGAAUGGAGCCUUUGAGGUGGUAUCGUUGAUCAAGUCAUGCGGUAAACUGGUGCUCCUCUGUAAGAUGUUGAGGAUGCUCAAGAAGGACAACCACAGAGUGCUCAUCUUCUCACAGAUGACGAGGAUGUUGGAUCUCCUGGAAGACUUCUUGGAAGGUGAAGGCUACAAGUAUGAGAGGAUUGAUGGUGGUGUCACAGGAGGUCUGAGGCAAGAGGCCAUCGAUAGAUUCAAUGCCCCUGGAGCAGAGCAGUUUGUGUUCCUGCUCUCAACACGUGCCGGUGGUCUGGGUAUCAACUUGGCCACGGCCGACACGGUCAUCAUCUAUGACUCUGAUUGGAAUCCCCAUAACGACAUCCAAGCCUUCAGCAGGGCGCAUCGUAUCGGUCAGUCUAACAAGGUCAUGAUCUAUCGCUUCGUCACAAGGGCAUCGGUGGAAGAGAGAAUCACUCAGGUGGCCAAGAAGAAGAUGAUGUUGACUCACUUGGUGGUCAGACCUGGUCUGGGCUCUCAGGCCAAGGGAGCUAUGUCCAAGAGGGAACUGGACGAGAUCCUCAAGUUUGGAACUGAACAACUGUUCAAGGAUGACGAAGGAGCAGAGGAUUCUGAGGGAACUAUCCAAUGGGACGACAAGACUGUCUGGGAUCUCCUGGACAGGACCAAGGAAGGCAACGUAGAAGAGCCCAAGGAUGACAUGUCCAACGAGUACCUGCAGUCCUUCAAGGUGGCUAGCUAUGUGGUCAAGGAUGAAGAGGCAGAGGAAGAGCCGGAGCCUGAGACGGAGGUGAUCAAGCAGGAGCUGGAGCCGUCUGAUCCUGCAUACUGGGAGAAGCUCCUGCGUCACCACUACGAGCAGCAGCAGGAGGACCUAGCCAGGACCCUGGGCAAGGGCAAGAGGGUCAGGAGACAGGUCAACUACAACGAUGCUGCCACCGAAGACACGAGCAGAGGAGGUAGGCUUGGCAAGAAUGUAUGGGACGACAAGCUCAAUGAUGACUUCAGUGACUACUCUGGUGGUAGCGACGAUGAGGAGGAUGACCAGGACUACGAUGACAAGAAUGAUAACAUUCGACGGAGCAGGAGAGCAGACAGGGACAGGGAAAAGCUUCCCCCUCUCCUGGCCAGAGUGGGUGGUCAAAUCGAGGUUCUUGGAUUCAGUGCUCGUCAACGCAAGGCCUUCCUGAAUGCCAUCAUGAGAUGGGGGAUGCCACCUCAAGACCCUUACAACUCACAGUGGUUGGUUAGAGACCUCAGGGGCAAACCAGAGAGGCAUUUCAGGGCCUAUGUGUCCCUGUUCAUGAGGCAUUUGUGUGAACCAGGCUCAGACGGAGCAGACACCUUUGCUGACGGUGUCCCAAGGGAAGGGUUGUCACGGCAACACGUCCUAACAAGGAUUGGUGUCAUGAGCCUCAUCAGAAAAAAGGUGCUAGAAUUCGAACCCAUCAACGGCAGCGUGAGCCUCCCAGAGCUGAUCAGCCAGCUGACUGGCAAGGGAUCCUCCAGCAAGGGUAGCUCCAGGACCUCCUCACCCAUCCCCACCCCAGCCAGAGUAGACUCACCGGCCAGUACAGUGGACUCCAAGAUCAGCGACCAGGACGCCAAGGCCGCCGCCGCCGCUCUAGCAUCAAAGACGGGAGACGCUGAAACAAAAUCAGAUAAGACUGAUGAAGCUAAAACAGACUCUGACAAGGCUGAAGGAAAGACAGAAGGGAAGGAAGGGGAGGAGAAGAAGGAAGGGGAAGAGAAGAAAGAAGGGGAGGAGAAAAUGGAAGUGGAUGAGGAGAAGAAGGAGGAGAAAUCAGAUGAGAAAUUAGAUGAGAAGAAAGAGGAGGAGAAAACAGAUGAGAAGAAGGAUGAUGAGAGUGCAUCAUCACCAAAGGAAGAGAAGAUGGAGGUGGAGGAGAAGGAUGGCGCUGCCAAGGAAACCAAGGAUGAACCCAUGGAGACUGAUAAGGAGGAAACCAAGGAAGGUGAUGAAGAGAAGAAGGAAGAUGAAUCUAAAGCAGAUGAAGCUGUGAAGAAGGAAGAUGAGAAGACAGAUGAGACCAAGAAGGAAGGUGACAGCGAAACCAAAGAAGAGGUGAAGGAAGAAACCAAAGCCGAGGAGGAAGACUCCAAGACGGAGAAGAAAGAGGACACCAAGGAAGAAACGGAGGAUGACCAAACCAAGAAGGAAGAACCAAAAGAAGAGGCAGAGAAGGAGAAGGUGAUCGUGAAGAAGCCGGAGAAGAGGCCGUUUGUGUUCAACAUUGCAGACGGUGGCUUCACAGAGCUUCAUACCCUGUGGUUGAACGAGGAGAGAGCAGCUAAGGAGAUGUGUGAUAAUGAGGCUGAGAUCUGGCAUCGUAAGCAUGACUACUGGUUGCUCCACGGCAUCGUCAAACACGGAUACGGUCGCUGGCAAGACAUCCAGAACGAUCCUGCCUAUGCUAUCCUCAAUGAACCAUUCAAGGUGGAUCAAGGCAAGGGCAACUACCUGGAAAUCAAGAACAAGUUCCUCGCUCGCAGGUUCAAGCUUCUGGAGCAGGGUUUAGUGAUCGAGGAGCAGCUGCGCCGUGCUGCUUACCUGAACCUCACCCAGGACCCUAACCAUCCAGCCAUGGCCCUCAACGCUCGCUUCGCUGAGGUAGAAUGCCUUGCAGAGAGUCACCAGCAUCUCUCCAAGGAGUCCCUGGCAGGAAACAAACCAGCCAACGCUGUACUACACAAAGUACUUAAUCAAUUGGAGGAGUUACUGAGCGACAUGAAAUCAGAUGUCGCCCGUCUACCGGCAACCCUCUCACGCAUUCCACCGGUAGCUGCAAGGCUCCAGAUGUCAGAGCGUAGCAUCCUUAGCAGACUGGCUACCCAACCAGCCCCACAGGUACAGGCUGCUCAAGCAAACAUUGCCAGCGCCUCCAGCCACAACCCUUACGCCCAGUACAGCAGCUCUAGCAGCUUCGGCGGUAGCUUCGCCACCAACUACGCCGGCUACAGACCCACUGGUCAGUACAACCUUACCCAGGGGCUGGCCCCUGGGCUACACUCUCGUGUACCCGCACAGUCCAUGGCUGCUGCAGCCUCCGCCCCCUCCUCAUCAAAGCGUGCACCUGCCACGCUCGGUGGUCGAACCGUCCAGCCUAUCCCUCAGGGUAAUGUGCAGGUGGUACCAGGCAGCUCUCGCCCUCAGGCCCUGGCCGGGGGUAAGGGCUCCAGCAGUGGAGCCGGUGGCUCGUCCUCCUCCUCCUCUCAACCCUCCAGCAGUAACUACUACUCCACCAUGCUCAGUAAUGCAUCCAGUGCUAUCUCGAGCUCAGGUGUUCCUCAGAGCAAGGGAUCUAUCUUGAAGGGAGAGCCCAGCACGGGUAAGUGAAGCAGCGAAGGACCUCAGAAAAACCGACGGCAGUGGAGACGGCUCGAAAGAAAUCAUCCUCAUUGACUAAGUUAUUCAACCAUUUUUGUAAAAUGUAAAUUGUAGAAUGUAAAAUGAAAAGUUGGCCAUUUGCGUGAUACUUGUACAAAGAGACUACACAGUCUAUAAACUCAGUUUCAUCUCUGUUCCGUGAGGAAAUAUUUUUGCCAGUAAAAUUGAAAGGAAAAAAUUAAGUGGUGUUCCACUUGAGUAUGUGUAUUAUUGCACACAACUCUGUUAAUUCUCUACAUAAUUCUUGAUUGGUAUUGUGGCUUGUUGUGCUGAGUAGAAAUCUUGAGCCUGAGUGGUUCAGCAUCCAUCCAUCUACAUGUAUGCAGUAUCAUGCCUCUGUAUUACAAAGCUCAACAAGACUCAAGGAAGACAUGAAAAGCUGACAUUUCAAGACAUGAAUCCAAAAUGAAUACUGCAACCGAUAAAUCCAGUAUUGUGUUUCGAUAGGUUGUCAUGUCAAAGUCGAUGAACCAUCACUUCAGAUUUCAGAUUCGAGAGGCAUCAGUGCUAUUUCGUACGCAUCAAUGCUGAUUUAAUUGGUAUGCAUUGUUGUGGACAUUGUGUUCAUUAUGCGUAUUCCGUAAUGUGUAUAUUUUGGUCAUACUGUAAAUUAGGUGCUUAUUAUCACUCCUCAUCUAAAUAUUCCGGUAAGGUGCGGUGAUUUAUUUUUUUUGUCGAAGAUUGUAUCAUUGUACGUGUUUGGAGAUUUAUCUAUUAACCUUGUACAUGUGUUCGUAGAUGGUUAUUCCUCACUAGCUGUGCUAUGAACUAGUUGUUAUCAUUUGUUGUAAAGGUGUUGAUUUCAACGUGAAAUUUACUAAUUAUGAAAUUCAAUCAUGAAUGCAACUUGAAUUAAUCGAAUGGAUGGAAAGGUGAUGAGAUUCAAGCAUGAAAACAGACAUACCUCAAUUAUUAAAGCAUUUUAGUGAUUGGUGUCAGAAUUAUCAAUUAUGAUGUACGCUAUAGUAUGGGUCGCCAUGAUGGGAUUUUCACUUCAGUUUAUACAGCGAUGAUGAUCUUGCAAGAAUCACAUGCCUUUAUUCUGUGUGAGAUUCACAGUCAAAACAUGACCUGAUGGAUAGACACAUCGGUUGGUCAGAACAAAGACUUGUAGGCAAUGACUUAAAAAGGGCAAGACUUUGUGCACUGAGCAUAACUUACACCUGUAUACAGCAGGGAAGCCGAACUACCAAAUCUCGCUUAAAACACAGACUUAUUUCUCUACAUGUGGGACUAUACAUACAUCUUGCUCUGUCAUACAUUUGUUGUUGUCAAGGAAGGAGAGUCGUUUUUCUGUUGAUGUUAAAGUAAAACUAGUAUAUUCUGUAUGGUAGCACAAUGUUUGUAGUCUUGUUCAUUGUAUCUACGGUAUAGAAAUAGACACAUGAAGCUAGCUUUUGUAGUAGACUAAAAAUGCUUCGAGGACAAGAAAGAAGUGGACAGGGAAAUGAAAAUAUGAAAAGAUUUAGUGCCUUUUUUGAGCUGAAAUUUGCUGCCAUGGCAGGCUACCGGGUUGUACAUGUUUCCGUCUUCGCUGUUUUAGUAAUGAUAAUGUAUACGGCUAGUGAUGUUAUUGUACUGGUAUUGACUAGAAGCCGAGUAUUGUAGAAUAGAUGACGUUCGGAUUAGGAGAGCGUAGAAGUGAUCUGUUUGGAAUUGUUCACAUGUUUCAAUUUUCAAUGCAAGGAUUUUAAUUCAUGCUUGGUGAAGUAAUAUAAUAUAGUCAAACCUGCUUCAGUGAGCACCUGUCUAUAAAAAAACACAUCCAUUUUCCUGGAUGUAUUCAUUUCGGCUAUAUAUGUAUUAAAAAAAAAAUUGUAUCAUAAUUUACUCUACUUAAUUGCAUUUCAAAUUUUUCUCAUCCAUCUCUGGAAGUAUUGUUGAUUUGAUAAAAUAGCUUAAUUGUUUCCAUCAUUUCAGUGAUUCAAUGAACGGGAACAUCAUUGAUCAAGCCGUAAUAGAUUCCAGCUUGAAAACAAAAAUUAUACAAAGAUUGACUGCUCUUGUGGUCUUUAGACUGGAGAUGCGUCAAUAUGAACUCACCGUUCACUUCAAGAUAAAAUUGUAAAUGAAAGGUUCAAACAGUGGACAAGUUUUUGAAGAAAUUUGGCUUGCUUUUUUUUUCUCCGUCCAGCACUGGAAUUAUUCCAACUAUCUUGUGGUAUUGUGUCAAUGUCUGUAUUCUAAGAAAAUGUGUUUAUUUUCACAUGUACCAAUACAUAAACAAGCUUGCUGGGCAGAAUCAAGUGCUAGCGAGUUUAUUGUUACCACCACAAAUACUCUGUUUCAUGUCGUUUCCAUACAUAAGUUUGUCUAAUUGUGUUUAAAUUUUAAUAGCACUUGCUGUCCACUUCAAUCAGGCUAGAAAAGGAAACGGUAAUGAUGUAUUGUGUAGUGCUUCGAUGGGUUACUUGAAACUGGAACGGCACUGUAUGAAAACAGUUAUGAUCAAAGGGUUGAUAAGUUCACAAUAUUUACAUUUGAUUAAUUUAUUUAUCUGUUCAUUACAAUAAGUGUAGAUGUACAACUGCACACCAUUGCAUUUUGAAAGACCGAAUGAAACGGAAAAGGGAAGUCUGCCCGACAAUGAUUAUGCAACUGAUUGUCUUUUGUAGAAUCGAAAAAUAGGUUUGGAAAUGUAGUGAGCUAACCAUCUACUACGUUUUUCAAUUUGUCCCUUGUGGUGUUGUAAUUUCAUUCAACGUAGGCAAGAAAGAGAGUUGCAGAAAAUAUCAACCAUGAGCUAGUUUACCAGUUUCCCAAUACACUCUUUAUAUGAUGAAUGUUAUGUGUACUAAACCGAUGCAGGGUAUUCAUUUUUACGACAUGGCAAUGAAGGUGAAUCUAAUGAUAUUAACGACAUCUCAGCAGAACAUUUGUUUAACAAAAUAUUAAAGUUAGGAAUAGGCAUUAGUCCGAUAGCAUAUCUUUUGGGUAAUGUAUGGUUUUAUAAGUAAAUUAAUUCAUUCCUUGUAUUGUGGAAGGCAUGAGAGGAUUUUAACACCGUGCAUAUUUAUUACAUUUGGUACCUGAUGUUCGUUCGCAGGGGACUGAAAAGUCGUUUAUAUGUGAGGAAGAAUAAAAGCAAAAAGAAUUGCACAACAAGUUUA